UGCUGGUGUCGGGGGCUCAGCAUAUUGCAAGAGGGGCACAGGACGCACACGGCUGUCAAAUGGAUUAGGCAGGAAAACGGACCCACACCUCUGACUACAGUAGUGCAGGAGAAUACAGUGAAAGGAGCCGCUCGCACCUGCGACGGAACUUUGUGAGAGAGAAGCUUUGAUCUGACUUUAAUGAAAACUCACUGAUGUCCACUGCUUCAUUCACUGUCAGCGGACAGAGGCUGGACGUGACAGCGCGGAUGAUGUGAAUCUUUUCGGGGGAACUUUUCGUCACGGAGCUGCAUCUUUGAAGUGGACCAUUUGUGAUCACCGAUUGCAGAGCAAAAACACACCAAGGGUAAAGGACACGCAUGAGAAAGGCUUACCAUGCACUGAGAACAAGGAAUGGAAAGCAUCAGCGUGGACACAGACUGGGAUGGGUUAGCUCCGUCCUCUCUGGUCACUGCUGGAAGGAAUAACUUCUCAACCUCAUCCUUUUUUGUGUCUGAGCUGAACUCAUACAACACUUCUCACAGUGGGGGAUCCUUCUUCGGAAUCUUCCCCGAGAAUGGUUCCACCACCACACCUCAUACACUGCCCCAGCCCAGGUCCAGGGACCUGGGCCUGGCAAGGGCAGAGAUCGCCGUGCUCGGGGUGGUGCUGGCGUUUACCACCCUGGGGAACAGCUUUGUCCUGUGGGUGCUGCUGAGGAGGAGGAAGCAAAAUGCACCCAUGCAUGUGUUCAUGGUCAACCUGUGCGUGGCUGACUUAGUGGUGGCCCUCUUUCAGGUUCUACCCCAGCUGAUAUGGGACAUCACGGAGAGGUUUCAGGGACCAGACUUGCUUUGCCGGUCCAUCAAGUACUUGCAGAUUGUAGGCAUGUUUGCUUCCUCUUAUAUGAUAGUUGCCAUGACAGUAGACCGGCACCAUGCCAUCUGCUGUCCCUUGCAGGCCUACCGUGGGGGGGCCAUGUCCCGCUGGAACACCCCUGUCAUCAUUGCUUGGGCUCUGUCACUAAUCCUCAGCAUACCACAGGUGUUUAUCUUCUCUCGCACGGAAGUGGCUCCUGGAGAGUAUGAAUGCUGGGGUCACUUUGCUGAGCUGUGGGGGCUGAAGGCCUACAUCACUUGGAUGACGGUGGCAGUCUUCAUCCUGCCGGCUCUCAUCAUUACCAUCUGUCAGAUAAGAAUCUUCAGAGAGAUUCACAACAAUAUCUACCUGAAGUCAGAGAGGGUGGUGAUGGCUGAGAUGAAAAAGAAUGAAGUCUUUUUCCGCUUCCACGGCUUUAAAAAGGAGGAUGAGAGGAGCAGGGAGAGAGGAAGACGGACAUCCGGAGGUGGGGGCAGGGAUGGGAGAGUAGUUCAGCUGCUAAAGGGUGCGAAUAACAGCCCUCACAGUAACAUACACAACAGCCAAGUGGGUGAGUGUUAUGAAUAUGCACCACCAGCUAUUCAGUAUAACAGCUGCCAUGGUGAACAUGUAACAACAACAACAUCGCCAUCGCAGCAGCAAAUGCUGAACAGCUCCGAUUGCCAAGAGUCCUACACAUCUCACGAGCUGGCCUCAGACUCACCCCGCUGCUCCCUUGACUACGUCCCCCCUCCCCCUCCAACCGUGCCACCUCCAAGCAUCACCAAAGCCAUGUCCAAGACAGUGAGGAUGACUCUGGUCAUUGUGCUUGUCUACACGAUCUGCUGGUCACCAUUCUUCAUCGUUCAGUUGUGGGCAGCCUGGGACCCCAACCCUCCAGACCAAGGAGUGGCCUUCACUAUCCUGAUGCUGCUGGCCAGUCUGAACUCGUGCACCAACCCGUGGAUCUACACAGCUUUCUCCAGCAGCGUGUCCAGAGAGCUGCAGAAACUGCUGCACUGUUGGUCACGACCGGGCCGCCGGGGCUCGCUGCCCGACGACUCCACCACAACACACACUUCCACCACCAAGGACAACCUGUACUGACAGACACUGAUGUAGCAGAAACAUGACAUUUUUCAGAAGACCUGUAUGGGGGCAUAUGCUCAGAGCAAGGUCAAGGCCCCCACCACCACCACAACCAUCUCUACCAUGGCAGCCCGAGAACAGAAAGCGAUGACCUCCACCAGAUGUUUCCAACAACAAAGGAGCUGUACCGUCAACAUGACGUCUGUGUGUUAUCGCCUGCCUUCUGCACCUCAGCAGUAAAGAAGGGUGUCAUUGAAGAUGUCAACACCACUUUACGAGCACACCGUGGAAUAUAGAGUGGGAGUCAGCAACGGCAUCUGCAAUAUAAAAUGUCCUUGAGAGUAAAGACAUUUUCACCCCUGUUGUAUAAGCCUGCUGCAUUGAUCUGUAUGAGAAACUCAGCCCUGCGCAGACAGAGCAGAGCAGCAGGAAUGCAAAGGGUGGAUCACCACAUUAAUAAUUUUACGGCACGCCUAAUGUACAAGGCAGAAGACAAAGCCGUGGGAGCAGUGAAAACAAACCAGAAGGCGACAGGAGAGAGCGAGAGAGAAAGACAGAGAGAACGAGACUGCUGUUGGACAGAGAACAGACGGGGGAUGACUUGGAUGUUCCAGCUGCAGGAGUCGUCCUAAGGAACAUUGUGGUUGAAAUCUAAUAAUGUGAACAAACUUUGUUAAAUCUAAGAAAGUAGAUUAGGGAUGGUGGAUACUUGAGUCUGAAUUCAUAUUCGCUCAGGAGAAAUCAGGUUCUAAUAAAACAAUAGUGAUUUGUGAGCAGGAUGGUAGGACAUUAUGUGUGGACAGUGCAGUGCAGUACAGUCAACACACACACACACGCCUCCCCCUUAUAGUAUCGGAGUAUUGUGGAUGAAUCUGCACACAAAGGAACAGAAGUUGAGGGUCAGGCCCUGGACAAUUCAGGUUUCCACAACCAAUGUGUUUUGUACAAACACGACAUACAAGGUACACAAAAUUGCCUUCCUGUCUUUAUGCCGUGAAAUUAUGAAGCACGAAGACACAGGAAGGAAAACCAACAGUAAACACUCAGCAGCAUUCCAUGGACAACGAUGAGCUCUGUAACAUGUAUUUAUUGACAAUGUAAGGCACAUUAUUAUAUUAUGUUACAUUUUAUGUAAGAUAAAUGUUGAAUGUAUAUCACACAAACACAAUGGUCCGAUAUGUGUAAGAGAAACAAGGAGAUGCCAAACCAAAGUUGUUGUUUGUUUUUUUUUGUUUUUUUUGAAAGCUGCACUGUUCCAGGUCUUAACGGUAGAGCUAUUGCAAAGUGUAUCAAAG